UGAUUUUGCAUUUCCGAGGGGGAGAACUGUUUAUAAACAAAACAGUUCUCUCUCCUGUCAGUAACUGCACACUGCUUUGCAUGGCUGUGCUAUGCACAGCCAUGCAAAGCAGUGUUCUUACAGUGAAGCACAAACACAUAGCCCCAUAGUAGCACACAGUUAACCCUUUGAUCACCUUACAUGUUAACCCCUUCCUGCCCAGUGCCAUUAGUACAGUGUCAAUGCUUUUUAUUAGCACUAAUCACUGUAUUGAUGUCACUAGGGAUGUCAGUGACACCAAGUCAGUUCCCCCCACUGUCAGAAUGUCUGCCGCAGUCCCACAGU